GCAUGAGCAGCUCCUGUGCAACACUGGCCGAGGUCCUGUGGGCCAAGGGAAGCCCUUUGGAGGAAGAAGAUAUAUGGGCACUCUUGUACCUGUCCACACUGCAGCUUCUGGAAGACCUUCACAAAGACUCUGCCGUCUGUGUGAUUUGUCCAUGGUCAAUACUACUGUCUGCUGAAGGAAAUUUGUCCUUCCAAAACAAUGCAUCUCAGACAGAAGCUAUCCCUUUCAGUGCACCAGAAUUACUCCACAGACAGAAUAAAAACCAGCGCAUUGGACUAAUGAAGAUGUUGGUGUAUUCCUUAGGAAUGACGCUCUAUUGGUCAGCAGACUAUCAGGUUCCUCCAAACCAGGCCAGUAAUAUAAACAUUUUUGUUUUCUUUUAUUCUAUCUCACUCUUGGUGUGCUCAAAGACUGAGAAGUGUACCAUGAAGUUUCAGUAAAAGUGGCUAAUAGUUUUGUACCACUAAAAAAAAUAUGACUAAUUGGAAUGCUUGUAUAAAGGCACAGACAUUAUAAAAAAUACCAAUUCAUGCAGAUAAGGAAUUUAGUUAGGUCUCUCAGCUUUCCUUUCUUUUUCUUGAUUUUAUUUUUCCUUUUUGAAAAGCAGAAUUGUUUCUAUUAAGAUUAAUUUUA